GGGGCAGCAGGAGCAGCUUUUCGGCAGCCUUGGUCCGGGUGAGGGUGGCUGGGGAGUGGGUGUGGGUUUCUAGGGAGGAGGCAGGCGGGGUGCGGGGGUUGGGGGUUCGGGGCCGGGCGGUCUAGGUGGCUGGGUAGGGGCAGGAGGUGGCCUGGGGCUGGGCGGCCGACCACCCCACGGCUGGACGCGGAGCCUAUAAAGCGCUUUGGUAGUUGAAGCGCUACGUUUGUGUGCGGAACUCUUCGUCAUUUUCAGCGUCGGAGAAGUUGGGAGUGCUUGUUGAUCCCAGAGCUCCGGUUUGGGAUCUGGUCUUGUGUGUGCGAACAAGUGAGGACGUCUGCUGUCUGUCCGUCUAGAGAAAGCUGUGUUAAUAAUGACAGUAAUGACACAACCACCGCCUCCGUCCUAAUAGCAACUGUUACCUAUGUGCCAAUCUCUGUUCCGAGAGCCCUUCGCGUACCCCGUGUGGAGAAACACCUGUGCCAGGCAGGUGUUGUAGGCUGUGUUACUGUUGAGGAAACGGAGACGCAGCUAGCAAGGCAAUGAUCUAGUCAUGUCGGAUAAAAAUGAUAUUGAAACUCCAGUGGUAACUGAAGCAACCUCCAUCCUUGAAGAUGAGAAGUAUGAGCCAGCCAAGAGUUCUGAGUCUGCUGACCAAAGUGUCAAACCAGAGGAUAAAUCGGAACCUGUAGUUUUCACUCGGAAAAGACCAGAAUCCAAACCUUCCAUCGAACUUGAGACUUCAGAAGUUCUCCCUGUUGAGGCAUCACAGGCUGCAGGCAAAGAGACUGUUUCCAAAGAUGUACCUCAGACUGGAUGGGGAUAUUGGGGCAGCUGGGGCAAAUCCUUACUCUCUUCAGCCUCAGCUACAGUAGCUACAGUAGGCCAAGGUAUUUCAAAUGUCAUUGAGAAGGCAGAGACUUCUCUUGGAAUUCCUAGUCCCAGUGAUAUUUCAACGGAAGUCCAGUGUGCAACAGGACAGACAAAUGCCAAAGAUAAUGCAAACUCCUCCCCAUUGACUGGGCCAUUUGGUGUAUUCUCAACCAUCUCUACUGCUGUUCAGACCACAGGAAAGAGCGUAAUCAGUGGGGGUUUGGAUGCCUUAGAAUUCAUUGGGAAAAAGACAAUGGAUGUAAUAGCAGAAGGGGAUCCUGGAUUUAAAAGAACGAAGGGUCUGAUGAACCGGAAUUCUACAUUGUCUCAGGUUUUACGAGAGGCAAAGGAGAAAGAAGAGCUAUGGACCUCCAAUGAGGUUGCCUUGGAAACAGACAAGAAAACUCAUUAUGGGCUACUCUUUGAUGAAUUUCAAGGCCUUUCGCAUCUGGAAGCUCUGGAGAUGCUUUCCCGAGAAAGUGAGAUGAAGGUGAAAUCUAUUCUUAAUUCUCUAAGUGGAGAAGAAUUAGAGACUCUAAAACAUGAGUUGGAGCAACUCAAGGAAGCAUUUUCCCUAGCAGAGUUCUGUGAGGAAGAGGAAGAAGAGAAAAAAGGGGAUGAAGACUUUACCAAAGAGAUAACAGAGCUAUUUUCCCAGCUUCAUGUCUCCUCCAAACCUGAGAAGCUUACCAGGGCAAGAAAUAAUGCCUAUGAAUGGAUGAGUGCAUCUCUGGCCAAGCCAUUAGAAGAGAAGGAAGAAGGAGAAAAACAGUUGGAAACAGAAAAAACUGAGCAAAUCAGUAAAAAUUCAAUAGAGGAUAUCCAUGCAUUUGCGAUCCGGAGCCUAGCAGAAUUGACUGCCUGCUCAAUUGAACUGUUUCACAAAACAGCGGCUCUGGUUCUGCAUGGCCAGAAGCAGGAAGUGACAGCCUUAGAAAGGAGCAGAGCCCUUUCCCAGAUGACAGUUGUACUGUGUAAGGAGUUGUCUUCUCUGUCUAAAGAGUUCACCACCUGCCUAACAACUGCCGGGGUCCAAGAAAAGGCAGACAUCCUUAAUCCCCUAAUCACUGCUGUAUUUCUAGAGGCAUCAAACAGUGCUUCAUAUAUUCAGGAUGCCUUUCAGCUGCUCUUACCUGUGCUGGAGAUCUCUCUCAUUGAGAACAAGACCGAAUUACCAGAGGCAUGAGCGGCAGGCUCAGGACCUUCGUCAGAACGUUGAAGAACAGAGAAGACUCAACCCAAAACUUGUAAUGGCCAAGAAUGCCACUCUCUCUUGGGUACCCCUGAAAAAGCGAAGGAGAAAGGAUUAUUUUUAGUGUAUAGGAUUUAGGCAGGAGAGCAGGUAUUCAAAGGUUUGCUGCCUUCCCUGCUUGGCUGAAGUAUUCAGGUCUUCACACUGCUCUUCCGAGCCGUUACAAUUAUUAAAUUAUUUGAAAAGAAACUUUUAUAGAAAGUUCAAGAAUGAUAGCUCUAGAUAAAGGUUAAUGGAAUAUUCAGGCAAAAAUAUUGGUCUUUCUUGGACAUGAUGCGAAACACUAAUAGUUUUGUCAUGGUUAUAUAUGAUUUUGCAGCCCACGGAUAUAAUUGGUUUGAAGCAAGAGAAAGAACAAUUUAGUAUUCUAGAAUUCAUGUGCUCGAUCUAUAAAUGCCAUGUCCUUUCUCCUUUCUAUAAUAAAAUCUGUGGCUUUGAGAAAACGGUAUAUAGAAACUGUAAUGAUGACCUUUAAUUGCCUAAAUUCUUGGAAUUCGUUAGGAAGUUUCACGUGCUCUUGAAUUCUCAGUAGGCAUUUGGUACUGAGGAAAUGUACUUGAAGCCACAUGAAUUAACUACAGCAAAGUGCCCUUUGGCUUCAAAUUGUUCUCCUACCCUGAGGUGACAGGCUUCAGUUAUAAUUGAGCCCCACUCGCCUGGGUUCCAGACCAAUAAGUGCACCUUAGAGAAACAGUUUUGUGUUUGCAGGGAUCGGUAUUCCGAGUCCCUCCAGGAUGUUUCUCACGCACACGUUAUGUGCAGGAGAAAUUCUGUAAUGCCAGCUCCAAAGGAGUAUGGACGUUCUUUCAGUAAUGGGGUUUUCAUUAUUUGAACAUGCUGAAGGGGACUAUACAGUUCCAUAGAGAUGAUGUUCAUUUAUAACAGGAUUUAACCUGUACGACACAAUUUGGUUUUCUUUAAUCUUUUUUGUUUUGUUUUAAUGUAUUCCUUAGCAUGUUUAUAAAUACAGCUUUUAUCCUUCAGAUCUUAAGCCUUCUUUUGCUCUCUUCAACAAUGUAAGAGCCUAAUACGGUGUUAUCUUCCUAAAAGUUAUUUGGUGUCCACUCUUUUUAAAAAAGAAGUCUCCAGCUUUGUGGUUGGAGGUAACUUUUCUGAGUGCUACUGCUCAUCUUCUAAAACCUUUAAAUAAAAUAAUUGUGUUGGUCAGUCA